AAUCGGAGAAUGGGCUACCCAAGAAGCGGUCCAGCCUCUAGAGCAGUAGCUCUAGACCUCAUGCUGAGGACCUGUAUGAACUCUGCUGACUUCCACACCUCCAACCCCAGGAUCUGGGACAACAUAGCCAAGCUAGUGCCAGGAACCACUCCACAACAGUGUGCUCAGAGGUGGGAAGAGCUUCGACUGACCAACAGUACAGUGGCUGGUGAUCUCUCAGGACUGACUGCUACCGGUCGACCCAUCUCAAGCCACGGUCGGAAGCAAAUCAGCAAACUAGUCCGCUCCAUGCUCAAACAGACAUGCCCACAACUCUGUACAAGACCACACCCAGCAUUCGACCUCUCGGCCACCCAGUGUGUUAUCAGAAUGCUCCAAGAGUUUCACUGAGAGCAGUCCCAGUAGUCCCCUUACGGGGGUCACUGAGAGAAAUGGGGAAUUUCGUGGCCAAUUUCUGUCAGACGAUGCUGAAUGGUACCAACAGUGCAGCUGUACUGAGAGGAGGUGGGCAGAGGAGUGGUGUGAGGGAGGAGGAGGAAGAGACUGCCAAGGAAUCUGCUGGAAAUGCCGUAAAUGUAUGGGCCUACAUCAGCUCAAAUAUCAGCUAAAGGAUCAGCCACGACUAUUGACAGUGGAGGCAGCUCAACCACCAUCAAGACCACCACCUCUGUGGUGAAGAAGGACUUUGUGUGCCCCCGUGAGAUCCUAGUGAGGGAGAUGCACUACUUUGCCGAGUACCUCUCCUCUUCUGACACACAGCUCUGGGAUGAGGUGGACAUCAGUGUACACUGUGACGUGCCUGUGUUCGACUGGCUCAUGAGUAUGGGACUCUUAGACAGAAGAACUCAUGACAAGACAUGGCGCCGUCAGUAGUCAUUGUGACUGUGUCUAGUGUGUGUGAACCCAUUGACUGUGCAAGUUGCCCCCUCUCGUGAAAUGGAUUUAGACAGUCGCAAGUCCCAGAGAUGGAAUCAGAACAUGCAAGUGAUGAGAAACGUCUGGCUGCACUGGAAGCCCACUUUUUUCAGAGGCUGACCUCCUCUAACAGCCAAGAGGCUGGUAUGGCCGGGGGAAUGUUCUCACGGCUAGAGGCUCAGUUCAGAGCUUAGCAGGCGGCAAGGAUUCUACAUCAGGAAUAGCACUUCAAAAAAGUAAGAGUUUCUAUAGGCUUCUAGUCAUGUUUUCUUUCGUGGGUUUGCAAAAUAUAAAUGCUUAGUCCUUGAGUUAUGCUUAGUUUUGCUUUCCUUAAAUGCCAUUGCAGCCUUUUCAGAAAAGUGCGUACGCAGUGUUGCUACUCUACUUAGUUAGCUCUGCACUAGAAUGCUAUAGCUAUUGAUAGCUGCAAGAGUGAGAAUAUAGCUGCAAGGCUCUGCUGAUGCAGCCAUUAAUUUUAACUUUGGCAUCGAUCCUUUUUAACAACAAUCGUGGUCGAUCACCCACUCAAUAAAAUUUUGUAUAAUUGUCGUUUCUCUAUAGUCAGAUUGCGUUAGAAUCAAUCUCAGAGCAUGUAACAACAAAUAUUUGCGGUGGGGGGUAUUUAGGUGCGCCGCCAGUGCGCUUCGCACACUGGUAACUUGUUGCAUCCAUUCAUCAAGCACCCCCCUCUCUCAAUUCCUGACUACACCCCUGCAUGUGUAGGGCUACUUCUACACGGUAUGGUUUUCCUGUGCAUAGAUACAGGCCAUUUCUGUUCCAUAACAUUAGAAAAACAUACUGGCAACUGUAUUUGUACCACUGAAAAUUGUCCAUGUAGAAUCAUUUAUGUGUGAAAAUGAAUCGGAAUAUGCACUGAUGUGAUAAAUAGAUGUAACGAAAAAAGUUGGUGUUUGUUGCACUUUAGCAUUUUCUACCAGACCCCUGAGAUCUGGAGAGAUUGGCAUAAAGUUUGCGGCCAGUAUGACACUACUAUACCAUAAGUGAAUAAGCCAUUUUGAACAAAUUGGCUUGUGCUUUAAUUUAGCGUCUCAGGCGUGGCUACUAUAUAAUUAUGUCAAUGACGUUGCGUCCACCGCUUAGCUUUAAUAUUGGUGAUAUUCGAAAAGUAUGCCAAAUCGCCAAAUUUUCCCGUUAUACGCAGUAUAUAGAUAUACGUAUCCUAAUGAACUCUUGGUAUAUAACUCAAGUACGUGUAUAUUUGUACAUUAGAACAUGCCGAUGUAGCU